UGAUGACUACGAAUGAAUCUGGCACCUGGCAGGUGGCCCUCAACGGUUCGAUGUGCAAUGUGACAGUGUGCCCCUCGUUCCCGGGCACUUGCCUGCUCUUGAAGCUGAAGCCUUUCUUCAUUCUGCUCUAUGCGGCGCUGGUGCUGGUGGCAUGCGGUGGGAACCUCCUCCUCUUGGCUCACAUCAUCUCCACCAAGAAGCUCCACACCACCACCAACUUCCUCAUCGGCAACCUGGCCGCCUCCGACCUGGUGAUGUGCAUCUUCUGCGUGCCCAUGACGGCAUCCUACGCCUUCGCCAGCCAGGGCUGGCUCUUUGGGAUCUUCAUGUGCUACUUCAUCAAGCUGAUGCAGUCCACCACCGUCUUUGUGUCUGUCUUAUCCCUCACGGCCAUUGCCGUGGAUAGGUAUGUGGUGGUGGUGUAUCCAGUCCACCGCAGGAUUAGACCGCGCUCCUGUGCCUACGUCAUUGCAUUGAUCUGGUUGGUCUCCAUUGGAAUUUCGAUGCCAACUCCCCUGCACACCCAAUAUAUAAAGAUCAACCAUCUGGGGAUCAACAUGAUCAUCUGCGAGGAGCUUUGGGACAGACGGGAGCGUCAAGGUCUACUGUACUCCUGCAUGGUGUUCCUGCUGUUCUACAUGCUCCCAGUUGGUGCUGUUUCCAUCUCCUACUGCGCCAUCACGUACCACCUGAAGAGGAGGACGGUUCCGGGAGCGGACUUGUACAGCCAUGACAAGUGGUCAAGGAAGAAGAGGAAGGCCUUUUGCAUGCUCCUCAUCUCCGUCCUCUCCUUUGCACUCUGCUGGAUGCCCCUGCAGACGGUCAACCUGAUCUGGGACAUUGACAAGAGCAUCUUCGACAAGACCUACCUGGAGGUGAUCCAGGUGUCGUGCCACCUGGUUGCCAUGAGCUCCACCUGUUACAACCCCUUCAUCUACGCCUCCCUCCACGACAAGUUCCGCCUCCACCUGAGCAACCUGUUGACCCGCAACAGGAAGCAGGGCAGCAGCACCAUGCCCACCCAAAACUUCCGCUUGAACACCUGCACCUCGCUGGACGUGUCCACGGUCACCGACAGCAAACUGAAGAGGCCAUUCUAUCUGAAGCAGAGCGUCUGACGAGGACAACUUGGUCGAGGCUACUGAAGCCACUGCCUCCCACCAUGACUCCAGAGGUGGGCCCUCCUCUGUACCAGUCAAUGGGUUCCACUGUGUUCCUGCAGU